UUGUAAUAAUUCUCAAUCUUCUGAAGACAUGAAUUCUGUUGAAGUUACUGAACCUCGUACUGAUAAUGAAGUCAGUAAUAAAAAUACAGAUUUAACAAUUCAUCGCGAAUCUCGUAGCCGAGAACGAACUCUGAUAAAGGAUAAGAUUUUGGUUAAAUCUUGUCAAAUUCGUUACCUUCAAAAAGAUGUAAUGAAUGGUUGGCGUUUAGCGCUGAAAUUUCAAGAGAAAUUAAUAUUGGGACAGUGGAAUGCAAUGUGUCAGAGCCCGAAGAAAUUAAUAAUUGAGAACGACAUGACUGCCAAGGUUUAUAAUGAUAACAUAUACAUAUAAGAAUAUUCCAGCUUUAAUUAAUGCAUGAAACAAGCAUGUUUUAUUUUAAUAUUCAGGAUUUAAAGUAUCGCAGGAAGUUAACUAUUCACAUUUUUUCACGUUUUCAAAUAUAUUUCACCUUUGAUAUCAA